CUAUGCAUUAUACUAAUAUUCUUUUCCAUUCUGGGAAGACACAGGCUACAGCCAGAGGACAAAAAACUGUGAGAGCCAGGAAAGUACUUCAGUUCUUUAAUGGUGUUGGCCUUGGCUCGGAAUUAUAAUUAGUGGUGAUUGCAAUAGAUCACUUGAUGAUUGCAGUAAUGAGGCCCUGAAUGAAGCCUCCCUAAUAAUAAUAAUAAUAAUAAUACCAGUAUUUUUAGUUCACAAAAUAAUGCAGAAAUCAAUGAAGAACUGCUAAAAAAUCUUUCAGAUCAAAAGCAAGUUGGUGGCUGGACUUCGAAGGACCAUAUAACGUCUACUGUGGUCCAUGACAAAGAACAAGACAGUUAUGUUGGCAUAUUUAACAAUAACACCAUCAAGAUGUGGAAGGAAGAUGGAGACAAUUUGGAUAAAUCUAAAAAGUUCAAGUUUUCUACCAACUUGCUAAAAAUAAUACCAAGAGGACAGCAGCCAUCAAUAAUUGUAUUUUCAAAUGGGAAUUGCGGAGCCCUUCCAUAUGCAAUUGACAACAGAAAGACAUAUGAAAGCAAAUCAAUCCUUAAAGACUCUGAAGUUAUAGUUGAUGCAGCUUGUUACAUGCAAAAUGGAAUAGAUUACAUAACCUAUGUAAUAAAAAACAGCAAAGACUUAUAUGAAAUUAUAAACUGUCCAGUUAGACAUGAGCUUGGGGAUUUGGAAAGAUCUAAAAUAAGCAGGAUUAAGAUAAAUCGGCCUGAUGAUGUGUAUGUGGUUGGUGAACUUAUAAGUACACAGGAUAAAGCAAUGGUUGUGUAUGUUUUGUGGAGCGACUCAAAAAUGUCAAUGUACGACUUAACUAAAAAGUUCUGGAAGACCAUUGGCACCAUACCUUGGAUUUCGACUUUUAACCAUGUUUCCAUGGCAUGGAUGGCUAAGGAUCAUUUAAUUCUGUUUGGUAGCAACAUGGAUCAAGAUGGAGCUAUAAUUUUAGCCUACAAUGUUGUUCUCGGAGUUGGGUCUUGCAAAUAUCCAAUGAAGAUGUACACUGCUGAAGCAAAAUUGUACUGCAUCAAUGAAAGAAUAAUUCUAGAAGCUUCGAACCAUAUUGGAGUACUGCCUUAUGUGUUAGAGAUUCGAAGGAACCUCUCCAGACUUCUAGGUUCUCAUGAAAUCAUUCAGGAUGAGGAAACUGAAAUUGUCAACUGGGACAAUUCUGCAAAACAGAAUAUUAAAGUUGCAAAUGAAUUUAAGCACUAUUUAAAGCAGGGAAUCACGGAAAGAAGUAUUUGUGCACAAGUCAUACCGCCGUUAUUAGAAAAAGACAGCACUGAAAAAGUUAAAUCAGAAUUGAUUAAAUUUAAAGAUGUACCUGAAUCAGUGUUAGUUCAGACAAUAAACUAUGUCUUAAAGUUAAUUGAUGCAAAAAGUGUUGAUCUUACAAAGCAACAAAAAUUUACAAAAUUCUGUAAAAGACAAGAAAAUAAUUUAAGCCUUUUAAAUGACUUACUCAAAAUUGUUUAUAGUGACGCAUUGUUAACUUUUUAUUUAAGAGAAGGUAUUUCCUUAGAUGAUGCACUUUUCCUGAUGACAUACAUUACAUAUUUACUUUUUGAUCAGCACAUUUCAGUAGAUGCAGACUUUGAAAGCAAAUUACUUGACUGGUGCACUUUACUUGUAGAUUCAUUUUACCAACAAUACUUAAUGACAAAAAGUCAAAAAGUGACUCAUGUUUUAAAAAACACUUUGAGUUGUGUGCUGACUCUUGUAAAAAACUUACAUACAAUUGAUAAAACAAUGAUAACAUUACAUAAGUAUUUGACUGGUAAAGAUAAGAUACGUGAAGAAUCUGUACCAUAUUCCAUCGAAAUGAUGAAAAUAUAAGAAAUUUUAGUAAAAAUAAUGUUAUAUUUGUAAUGAAAAAUGCAUUCUCAAUCAACA